AUGACCUAUGUGCCCCCGGAGAACCUGAAGCUCAGCGGCCUUAACCAUCGCAGUACAUACGACACCAAUCAGCACAAUACCGGCGACAUCUACUUCCCAAACGACCCACCAUCGACGGGUCCCGUCCGACUAGAACACUGUGGCCCAGACUUCCCGAUUUGUACCAACGUACUGGACUACCCCCAGCAGCUGGUCAACGCGAUCGUGGCCCGUCAUGAGCAUCGCUUCGCCGAAGUGUUCGGAAACGACGUCGUCGUAAACAGCGGAGAUCACCUGGACAAGCGGUUCGACACGUCCGACGACGAGUUCCUGUGCCAGAGUCGGGAGAAGCUGGUGCAUCCGCAGAGUGGCUACACCAUGGACAAGCGGCUGGUGAUGAUCGUCAACACGCCCAGCUACACGCAGGGUGUCCGCAUCGAGACCUGUGCCAACGGGGGGCGAUCGUGCCAUAAGCUGGAUCACGUGUUGUCGUUCUACCGGACUGAGUGUAAGCAGCUGUACCACUACCGGACGCUGCUGGCCAUCGACACUGUUACGAACCAGCCGUACAAGGAGUCGUUCCGGGUGCCGUCGUGUUGCAAGUGCGUGAUGAAACCGCUCGGGCGUGGAUCGCGGACCGUCAACAACAUCCUCCGGAACAUGCAAAUGCUGCUGCUGCUGCUGCUGCUGCUGCUGCUGCUGUGA